CGCGUUUUGUUUCGUAAAUUGUUUCAUUGCGGGAGCUUCUCAUGAAUUGCCGCGUCGAAUUACAAUGUUUCGCUUAACUUCCUUCGUCACGAAUGCGACGAGGAUCGUUGCGUUGACGCACCGUAAUGAAGUUUGAACAGGUCACGGGAACACCCGCCAUUACGAUUCUCUUGUCACAAGACGAAACGUGCGUGAAAGCGCGAUCGCGAGUUUCGAAAGUGUCCCGCAAAACAUGAUAAAUGACAAGUCGGAAAUUCUGAGUUACCUUAUCCCCUGCAUUAAACACACACGGAGAUGAAGAUUCCUCGGCCAAUUCGAAGGUCGGCGGAUGGACGUGCCAGCCGCUGGAAAGCACGAAUCCGAAGGAAAGUACGAAGAAGCCGGUAAUCAUUGUCGUCGUCGUUAUCGCCGCGGGCGGCGCAGAAAGACAACUAAUUUGACGAAAGUCGGCGGUUUCGCAGGAAGGAAACGGGAAAGGAAGAAGCGUAGUGUAGGAAAAUAACAAGCACAUGAGUUAAACUUAAUCGCCGUCAUUUUGCGGUCGGUCGGAACGAGCGGAGUGGAAGAAGUAACAGGAAGAAAAAAAAGAAGAAGACGACGUCACGAGACGAUCGGACACGGCAAAAGGAAGAUCCCACUUCGUCACCGGAGACGGUAGACAAUGUAGACGUACAAGUCACGUGAGCGGUUUCCCGUCGUCGGUUUGAGAUUCGUGAGUCCUAUUCAUUCAUCGGCAGCACGCGGUGAACACUGCCUCGAUCGGGAAAGCAAAUCACGAGAUAUCGAUCGCGUCUUGAUUGGCAGGCCUCGUAGUCGUGACAAGUAUUUCUCUUCGAGUUUGCGUCAAAUGUAUAGAAAUCGGAAAAUGAAUUGGCCAAUUUUUUAACACUUCCGAAAAUAUCGCGAAGAAAAGCUACUUUGAAAGAAUAACGUAGAGAGCUGAGUAUUUAUAUUUUGUAUACUUUGGAUUCGCGAUUUCUUUGAGAAGAAUAAGAAUUUAGUGAAAUUUUCAUUCUUAUUAUCAUCUUGUCUCUUUAUUUUGUGAACACCGACCUGAAGAGACUACCUCGAGAGAGAUCAGCCGGUGGAAUCUCGGAUCUUCUCUACUUGUCGCGCCUCGAUUAUCUCGGAAGAGAGACUCGGAAUCGCCGGUAGAAUCUUUAUCUUCGCUACUUCGUGAGAAUAUCUCGUUAUUACAUAGCGAGAGGACGUGAAACAGUUCCGUUGUUGUUCCGAAUAGCACUGCAUCAUGUGAUCUUGUGAGGAAGUUACGGUACUCGAUACAGUGUUACGCGAUUUUUAUCAUUGUAAGUUCGCGCGCAAACUCCCUCGAUACUGGGAAACGUCGAAAAGUCGUCGAUCGUGAAUGCUGCUUUCGGUGUUGCAUCUGUGAUUUUCUUCGAGAAAUUGGACCGAUGUGCUCUGUCGCGAAGAUGAUACGCCACGUCGCCAUUGUCGCUCUUUUCACCGUCCUCGUCAACGGAGCACCGAGAUCGUCGAUCAUUUACGCGGACGACAAAGUGCAAAAUUAUCUCAUGAAGUUCGGCUACUUGCCUCAGACCGACUUCGAAACGGGAAAUCUUCGCACGGAAGAUCAGCUAAGGGAUGCCAUAAAAACUCUGCAGAGAUUUGGCGGUAUUCCCGUGACAGGUGAGAUCGACGAGGCGACGAGAAAGCUGAUGAAGGCAAAGAGAUGCGGAUUACCGGAUCGGCCGGAUCCCAGAUACGCCAGAACGAGGCACAAACGUUUUACCAUCCACGGACAGCAAUGGCCAUAUCUGAACCUCACCUGGAGGUAA